AUGGGAACGAAAAUGGAAUCGAAAAUUGCAGAUUACGUGAGAACCACAUCUAAUACUUCAAUAAAACGAACUCAUUCCAUAUCAGAUAGCGAGGAAAGUGAUUCAAACAAGAAGGAAUCUGAUAAUGAGUUACCUCCAUUACCAGUUGUAAGUCCACGAAAGCAAAUGCCUGAGGUAUUGUUAUUAUCUGAUAGUGAUGAUGAUUGGAAAAAUACUGUUGACGAUAAUCCAUUACCCGUGAUUGAAUAUCAGUCAACUAAUGCGUAUCAGAAUGGAUGUGUUGCUGACGAAUCAAAUGAUCUAGAUAUUUUACCAAAGGAUUCAAAAAUUAGAAAAAGAUCCAAGAACUCUCCAACUAAAAAGAAGCAAGAUGUGGAUAAAGAGAUUGCAAAGCAACAAAGAGAGAAGGUGAGGGAAGAAAAGAAGCGUGAAAAGGAAUUAGCAAAAGCUUUAAGACAAUCAGAAAAGGAAUUGUUGAAAAGUAAAAAACCAGACGAGUGCUUAAAAGCCAUGAAAGUAGUUAUAGACCACAAUUUCAUUAUGGAAAAUGAAAGCCAGGAUAUUUUUUGUGUUUUGGAUGAAAAAAAUGUAAAAUAUACCAUUGAGGAAAAUCCCAUUAAAUUAUCAGUUGCUUGGUGCAGAACUGUUAUAGAUGUUACUGUUGAGAAUAAUGCACUACUGAAAGAAGAGAGAGAAGAGUUUGAAAAUAAUUUAGUUGUACUUAUACCAAAUGAAUCUUUUAUUAAAAUGGUGUUUGCAUUUAUGCAGAAAUCAAAAGGAAAAGAUACCAGUGAGACCAUUCUUUCAGAUUAUAUUGUUAACAUACACACCAUGUUUUCUGAAAUGAAAAUAACAUGUAUUAUUUUAAAGUUGGAUCAGUACAUCAGGUCGGUAAAAGAAAAUGAUUCAUGUAGUGGUGAGUUAAAGAAGAUUGUGAAACAAGUGUCGAAAAUGGUAAUUGAAGAGGCAUUAGUUGAAGUUCAGUUGCAGGCAGCUGUGAAUUUCAUAUUUGUCAAUAGUAUGAGAGAGUUUGGUGAUUUGCUUUUUAGAUUUACCAAAGCUAUUGCUGAAGCUCCUCAAAAGCAAGAGAAACAGAAGCAGAAAGAUUCUGCCUUUUCUUGGUAUGCGGAUGGUGACACCAGUUGUCCUGUUAAACUGGACAAAGAAAGAUCUAGCUUCAUGAAGCUGUGGCAGCAGCAAUUACAACAAUUUCAAAAUGUGGGUCCUGAAACUGCUGAAGCUAUUGCUGCAGUGUAUUCUUCACCCAAUAGUCUAAUAAAAGCCUACAGAAGUUGUUCAACAGUUAAAGCAGCUGAGGGACUUUUACAAGAUAUUGUAUUUCAGCUAUUACAGCUUAUGACAUUAGACUAA